AUGUCGAAAGUCGAUAAUGAAAUUCGAGGUCGCCUAGCCCUUAUAACGGGUGCUUCAGGAGGAAUUGGCUCUGCAUGUGCCCGAGACUUAUGGGCUAAUGGGGCUUCCCUUGCUCUGACUUAUUACAACAACAGACAACCUGUUGACGAAUUAGCCCAUGAGCUUCUCAAAUCACCCGGCAGCGAAGGCCUCAGAAUCAGUUGCCAUAAGGUUGAUACCGGCUCGGCUGAAGAUAUCGAACGGCUCUUUCUCGAGAUCAAGAAACAGCACGGCCAGGAUGGCCCAGAUAUCUUAAUCUCGAAUGCUGGGUAUGGCAAGAGACGUACCGGUAUUCUAGAUGUGAGCUUGGAAGAGUUCGAUUACAUGAUCAACAUAAAUCUGAGGGCUUCAUUCAUUCUCGCUAAGCUGAGCAUUCCUCAUAUGGAGGCUCAGAAAUGGGGUCGGAUUAUCUUCGUCUCUUCCAUAGCUGCACAGGGAGGAGGAAUUAACGCCUGCCAUUACGCUGCCUCAAAAGCCGGUCUAACCGGUCUCAUGAAGAAUCUAGCAAUGAAGCACGCUAAGCUGGGUAUCACAGCCAAUGACAUAGCUCCAGCUAUGAUAGGAGAAACCGGCAUGAUACCAGACGCAGCAUUUGUUGAAGGUACACCCGGAGACGUGAAGAAUAUACCGGUUGGACGGCUAGGGACUCCACAGGAAUGCGCAAAUGCUGUUACCAUGUUGUGUAGGACGGGCUACAUAACCGGUCAAAGUAUUUUGCUGAGUGGCGGUCUUAAGUAG